CUUCCACCAAGAAGGGUAGGCGACACAGGGACCCAACAACACAAAACCCUCUUAGAUAUAGAGAGAUCGUCCUCAAGUAACAAUUCAGAACACCCAUCCUCUCUCCAAGGCCUUUCAACUCUCUCUCUCUCUUCCAUGGAGAAAUCAUCAGCUGCAAAGGAAUAUAGUAAAGGAGCAUGGACACCUGAAGAAGAUAGAAAACUUGCUGAGGUUAUUGCAGUUCAUGGUGCAAAAAGGUGGAAGACAAUUGCAGCUACAGCAGGUCUCAGUAGAUGCGGGAAGAGUUGCAGGUUGAGAUGGUUGAAUUAUCUAAGACCCAACAUCAAGAGAGGCAACAUCACCGACCAAGAGGAUGACUUGAUACUAAGGCUUCACAAACUAUUAGGGAACAGGUGGUCCUUGAUUGCUGGAAGAUUACCCGGUCGAACAGAUAAUGAGAUAAAGAAUUACUGGAACUCUCAUUUGAGCAAGAAAAUAAAGCAGAAGGAGCCGCAAAGCGAAGCGCCUGAAAGAGAAGGCAAGGAAGCUCAGAGAAGGAGGGAAACCGAAAGGGUGAGUGUGGAAGCGAGAGAGGAGAGUUCGUCCAACGGAGGCGAAGAGUCAAAGACGAGCGUCGAUUUCGAUGUGGACGAGUUCUUCGAUUUCUCUAACGAGAGUCCGUUGAAUUUAGAGUGGGUUAGCAGAUUUCUUGAAUCAGAUAAAGGCAUUUGUGAUGAGAAAUCAUGAGAGCUCAAAGAUAAUAAAAAUUAUAUGUUACGUUA